CACACUUCCAACCCAUUUCGUCCUCUUGCAGCGCACUACACACUUCACUUCACUUCAGAUGUGUCACUUUGGAAUAUACGUACAAGUAUUUUAUUUUCUAUUUAUAUUCCAUUUUUUAAACUUUUUCAAUCAAACAACAGCAUUAUUCAAUUCUAUUCUCUAAUCAUAAAGUAUUGAUAUCCGCAGUUCCGCAAUCAAAAAAGAGUUGUAUGAAAUAAAUAUAAAAUAAAAUUUUAACUAUAACAUUUAUCGAUCCAUCUUCUUCCGAUUCAAUGGCGAGUUCUGAUUGUUCGUCCACUCGCAUCACUCUCCAAACCAUCAAUCCCAAUGUUUUGAAAUUUGAGUAUGCGGUUCGUGGGGAAAUUUCCGACCUUGCUCAGAAACUACAAGAAGAGUUAGAAGCAAAACCAGGUUCAUAUCCAUUUGAUGAGAUACUUUAUUGCAAUAUCGGAAAUCCACAAUCAUUUGGUCAGCCGCCAAUUACUUUCAUUAGGGAGGUGCUUGCAUUAUGUGAUCGUCCUCCAAUGUUGGACAUGAGAGAGGCUCAAGGCUUGUUCAGUGUGGACUCCAAAAAUAGGGCUUUACAAAUCCUUGACCAAAUUCCAGGAAGAGCAACUGGUGUUUACAGCCAUGCUCAGGGUAUCAAAGGAUUGCGUGAUACAAUUGCAUCUGGUUUAGAAGCUCGUGAUGGUUUCCCUGCUAAUCCAAAUGACCUUUUCUUAACCGAUGGUGCAAGCACAGGGGUUCACAUGAUGAUGCAUUUGUUGAUUAGUUCUGAGAAAGAUGGAAUUCUCUGUCCCAUCCCUCAGUAUCCACUUUACUCCGCCCUAAUCGCUCUCUAUGGUGGGACCCUCGUUCCUUAUUAUCUUGAUGAGGCUCAUGGAUGGAGAGUUGAUAUAUCUGAGCUUAAGAAACAGCUACAAACUGCCACCUCCAGUGGAAUUAAUGUCAAGGCAUUGGUUGUGAUCAAUCCUGGCAAUCCUACAGGGCAGGUUCUUGCUGAGGCUGACCAAAAGGAAAUUGUACAUUUCUGCAAGGAAGAAGCUCUUCUGCUUCUGGCUGAUGAGGUAUAUCAAGACAAUGUCUAUGCAGACGACAAACCAUUCCAUUCAUUCAAAAAAGUUGCCCGCUCUAUGGGUUAUGGAGAAAACGAUAUUUCUUUGGUAUCUUUUCACUCCGUGUCUAAAGGGUUCUAUGGAGAAUGUGGAAAGCGAGGAGGUUACAUAGAAGUGACUGGCUUUAGCCCCCAGAUAAGGGAACAACUAUACAAAGUUGCAACUGUUCAUCAUUGUGCCAACAUUUCUGGCCAGAUUCUUGCCAGCAUUAUUAUGAGUCCCCCUAAGUUGGGAGAUGAAUCAUAUGAGUCGUUUUGUGCUGAGAAAGACACAAUCCUCUCAUCCUUGGCAAGGCGUGCAAAGACACUUGAAGAAGCAUUCAAUAGUAUGGAAGGAGUGACAUGCAACAAAGCAGAAGGAGCAAUGUAUCUUUUCCCUCAAAUUCGUCUUUCAGAGAAGGCCAUAAAGGCAGCAGAAGCAGUUAAUACUGCUCCAGAUGCAUUUUAUGUUCGCUGCCUUCUCAAUUCUACCGGAAUUGUUCUCGUCCCAGGCUCUGGCUUUGGACAGGUAAGAGGAACGUGGCAUUUUAGAUGCACCAUAUUGCCCCCAGAGAAUAAAAUCACGGCCAUUGCUGACCGUAUUGCGGAGUUCCAUAAAAGAUUCAUGGAUCAAUACCGCGACUCAUGAUGCUGCAUUGAGUUUUAACAAAAAAGUCCAAACCUGGUUUAAUGAACAACUCCUCAUUGGAUGCAAAGGAUAAUUGAUUGUUAUUUCGUGUUAUAUUGUUAGCGUAUUUGAAGAUUCGUGUUCUCGGUCUGGCUGCAGAGUGUGUGACCAAUGUAUACAGCCUGAAAUGUGGGUCCAAAAGCGGCAACCAUAUUGCAGGGCAAGGACAUGCAGAAGAAGGGCAGACAUGAUUCUGGUUUCAUUCAAAUGUCCAUGUAAUUGAAUCCUUAACUGGAAGUUUGGAACAAUGGGUAGGGCAACCCCAGUUCAUGUUAAAUGAUGAUUUACGCUUUUUUUAAUUCAAUCUAUAUCCUUGUCUUCCAUUUAAUUGAACCAGAACGAAACCUUAUAAUAAUGUCCUGGUUCCAAAUCUGAUCCUCAAUUUAUUAGUUCUAGUCCGGAAAACCAGAACAUGGCCCCCCUAAUGCAAAUAAAUAGUUUGCUUUUAAGUCUUUUUUUGUAUAACAAUGGACUUUUGAUUGUCUCAUUUUAUUAAGAGUGCAGUUGAUUUGUAUGCUCUAUAUUAUGUAGGAUCAAAAAAAGUAGUAUUUUUUCCAACUUAUGUAUAAAGUUACAACUUCUCCCCAUUAA